AUGUUCAUGGGUAAUAUUAAGGCAUUAAAUGUUAAACAAAAGUUUCGCAGUGAGAUUAAACUUCAUCCUCAGUGGAACCGAGUAUAUGAUGUAGGUCAUACACACUGGACUGGUGCUCUUCAGGAUGGACGAGAUCGUGGUAAAUAUGCAUAUUUUUGUCCCAUUGGGUGGAAAAGACAUGCUUUUGAUGUUAGCGAUAAUUAUGAUGACAAGUUUAAAGGGUGGUCUUUUUGUUAUCAUGGUACAAAAUUUGCUUAUGGUUUAUCAAUCUUGUUGAGUGGAUUGACACCAGCUAGAAAUGCAGCACUGGGUAAAGGAAUAUAUGCAAGUCAAUCAAUUAUUUACACAUCUCAUCCAAGAUAUGCUGAAAUCAAACAAAUUCAAUCAUCAGAUGAAAAGAGUUUUUUUAAAAGUGGAAAAUAUGUUCAAUUUGUAUUACAAUGUCGCGUUCAUCCGAAUAACAUAAAAGUAGUAGGACCUGAAACAUUAGGGGUUGAUGGAAAAGUCACAAUUGAUCCGAAUCUAACCAAUGAUGUUAUUGAAUGGGUUAUUGAUGCUAAAAAUAAAGAUAUAAUGGAUUUCAGUGAUUCAAAUUCUACUAUUGUUUGUACAGGACUAAUGAUACGUGUUACAGAUAAUCAUCCUGGUUUAUUAACUGAAUCACAAUGGUGGUAUUCAGGGCACAUAUGCAACGAUAAAGGUUGUUGCUGUUCAGGUAUUGAUCUCAAUGAAUUAAUGAAACAAAAAAACAAUGGUGUAAAAUAAGAAACAAAAAAAUUAGCUGGUAGUCAUAAAAAUGUUGUUCACGAUUUAAUCGAAUUACAAGUCGAAGAUCCAAAUGUACGUGAUUUAACUAUGGUCGAUUCACUUGGCAUAGCCCGAAAUCCUAUUGCCGAUCAACCACAUGACAUUCAUAAGCAAACAACCAAUUUGAUUCGUCAAUUUAUUCGUCAAGAAAGCAGUGUUAUUCUAUGUGUCUUUCCAACAAAUGUCGAUAUCGCCACUGUUGAAUCAUUCAUAUUAGCACGUGAAUUCGAUUCUGAAGGUAGUCGAACAAUCGGUGUUAUAACAAAAUCAGAUCUUGCUUCGGACAAUACUGCAUUAGCUCAACAAUUACUGAUGGAAAAACGGAUGUAUUUCAAUUAA